UUGUUGUUGUACAAUUAUCUUAAUAAAAUCCCUUAACCACAGUGCUAGCCUUAUGCCUAACCUAAAUUAAGACCAAUAAGUAAGUUUUGUUGUAAUAUAUUUUUAUGAUAUUGCCAAUUGUUACUUCGUGGCUAUAGUAACUAGCUAGUGGAAAAUGCUUUACAUCGAUACGGUUACCCUAUCACAUAUUCUAUGCGGUAACGUUAGUUGACUUCAGUGGUUUACUUGCAGAAUCCUGAUAUUUGUGAGUGAUCAUGGCUGCUACUACUUCAGCCGCAGUUACAGAAUCUCCUGGGCUAGAGACUCAACGCAAAGAAAUCGAGUCUCUGCUUCAGGAACAUGAACUCUGUGCAGGGGAUACUUGGUACCUGGUGGAAAGGCGAUGGUAUGAGCAGUGGAAGGAGUAUGUGGUGACAGGAGACCAGAACUCCUCAUCUUUCCCUGGACAGAUCGACAACACAGAGCUGUUUGAGGAACUGGAUUCCUACCAUCUGAAGGAGCGUCUGGUGGAGAAUGAGGACUUUGUGUUGAUCCCUGCCGAAGCAUGGUGCAAUCUGCUGGCCUGGUAUGGCAUGGUAGAUGAUCAGCCUGCCCUGGAGCGGAAGGUCGUGGAUCUACCCAGCACAGUCAAGGUUGAGGUCUAUCCUGUGGAAAUCUUCCUGUGUCUCCAUAGCAACAUGGAAAAUGUUGUGACCGCACAGUUUAGCCGUGUAGAUCACAUCCAUACGAUUCAGAAGGUGAUGAUGAAGCAGUUUGAUGUGGUCGAGGGAGCAGAGACCCGGCUGUGGAUGAAGAGCUCAGACACCUGCUGUGAGAGGCUGCGGAACGUUCAUGUCAAUGUCCUCGACUCCAGCCUAAGCUCUGGCAUGACGGUGAUCAUGGAGAUGAGGAAUGAAGAUGGUACAUGGCCCAGCUCCAGACCGCAGAUCAUGUGGGGGUUCCUUCUUUUUCAUUUAGAAAAAAAAAAUCAUAGGAACUCUGUGGAGGAGCAGGAAUCAUACCGAGGCCAGCCAGGAGUCUGUGGCCUCACCAACCUAGGAAACACAUGUUUCAUGAACUCUGCCCUGCAGUGUCUCAGUAACACCCCUCCACUGACUGAGUACUUCCUGCAGAGUGCCUAUCUGGAGGAGCUCAACUUCACCAACCCUCUGGGCAUGAAGGGGGAGAUAGCAGAGGCCUAUGCUGAUGUCAUCAAACAGAUGUGGUCAGGGAGGCACUACUCUGUAGUUCCCCGGCUCUUCAAGACCAAGGUUGGCCACUUUGCCUCUCAGUUUCUUGGCUACCAGCAGCAUGACUCCCAGGAGCUGCUCUCCUUCCUGCUGGAUGGGCUUCAUGAGGAUCUCAACCGGGUCAAGAACAAGGAGUACAUUGAGCUGAGGGAUGCUGAUGGUAGGCCUGACCAGGAAGUGGCAGAGGAAGCGUGGCAUAACCACCGGCGACGUAACAACUCUGUGAUUGUUGACACCUUCCACGGGCUUUUCAAGUCCACCCUGGUUUGCCCCGAGUGCCGCAAAGUGUCGGUCACCUUUGACCCCUUCUGCUACCUCAGUGUGCCCCUGCCUGUUAGCAAGGACCGGGUGAUGGAGGUCUUCUUCGUUUCUCUGGAUCCUGUGGCCAAACCUGUUCAGCAUCGCUUGGUUGUACCCAAAGCUGGAAAAGUGUUUGAUCUGUGCUCCGCUCUCUCGGAAAUGACCGACGUCUCCGUUAAUCAAAUGGUUGUGGCUGAUGUGUUCAACCACCGCUUCUAUAAGAUCUACCAUGCUGAUGAGUCUCUAAGCUGCAUCCUGGACCGGGACGACAUAUUUGUGUAUGAGCUGAGCAGUGGCUCUGUGGAGGAGGAGGGGGAUGAGGUGGUGCUGGCUCUGUACCUGAGGGAGCGUUCUCAUUACAGGGACUCCGGCUCCGGGAGUAGCAGCUGCGGUACGUCCCUGUUCGGACACCCACUGCUCAUGGCUGUGCCUCGAGUCCAGUGCAGCCGCAACGCCCUCUAUCACCUCUUCCUGCAGCGGCUAGCACGGUAUGUCCGACCACCAGAUCCCUCAGAGGAGGAUGAAGAUGACGAGGAACUUUACAAGAUCCAGACCAAUGGUGUCAGCGAUGAUGAUGGUGAGGAUAAUGGUAUGAGGCCAGGACCCUUUAAGAGAGAUGACUGUUGUGAUGGUGGCCAAUGGGAUGGCCAAGCGGAUGGCCCUGCUGUGACCCAAACUCAGCCAGAGCAGGCACAAACCCAGGAGUCUGGAAAACCGGCUCAGGCUGAGGGGGCCAUUGGAGAAGUCAGGGCAGGGUGCAGCACAAAGGACAGUGCCUCAGCAUCCUGUAGUGCUGGAGCCAGUGCUGGAGUUCCAACAAACAGCCAGCAGGGUGCAGGCCUUCAGCAGCAGCAGCAGCCAUGUGAGACUGAGGAAGAGGAGGAGAAGGGUGAGUGCCCCCCGCAGACCAACGAGGGGCAGGCCAAGAGGAAGGGCUACCAGGCCAGACGCAGAAAGCUGCUCUUCUCCAUCCACGCUGUCAACUCCAAUGGCACUACGGAGAGAGGCAUGGGAGAGGACGGCAGUGCCUUCUCUUUUAGCUCUCAACCAUAUGUGGCCAUUGACUGGGAUCCUGACAUGAAGAAGAAAUGCUACAAUGAGAAUGAGGCAGAGAAGUAUGUAAAACACCAAAGCAUGGAGGUCCCUCAUCAGCAGACCACAGUGCAGCUGCAGGAGUGCAUAGAGCUCUUCACCACUGUGGAAAUCCUGGAGGAAGAAAACCCCUGGUACUGCCCAAUAUGUAAGAAACACCAACUGGCCACUAAGAAACUGGACCUGUGGUCACUGCCUGAGGUUCUCAUAAUCCACCUGAAACGCUUCUCCUACACCAAGUACUCCAGGGAGAAGUUGGAUAUCAUCGUUGACUUUCCUCUCAGACACCUCGACUUCUCAGGUUGUCUGCUGAGGAAGACUGGUACAAACGGAGAGCCACCCAGCCGAUAUGAUCUAAUAGCAGUUUCCAACCACUACGGCGGACUCCGAGAUGGACAUUACACCAGCUAUGCCCGGAACAAAGACAAUGGACAAUGGUAUUACUUCGAUGACAACAAGGUGACGUAUGCAAGGGAGGAACAAAUUGUGACUAAUGCUGCCUACCUCCUGUUCUACCACCGCCAAGACAAGAUUCGUCAGCCCACCUUACCCCCCCCCUCGGACAGCUCCUCCUCUCCCACCCAGCCUGCUAAUGUCACUUCCCACAAACAUGGGAUGGAGAGAGCCACUUCCUGUGUCAACAUGGAAACAGACUGAAGCAGAUUUUUUUUUUUGUAAUCUUUUUUUCCCCCGAGUUGAUGGGGCUUUGAUUUUAUAUUUUUUAUUUUCUAUUCCAAAAAACUUGAACCUUCUGCCUCUCCUCUGCAUUGAACAAGGUGUGAGAAGCGGAGGCUAGAUUCUCAGGCUGGUGCAGAAGCGUGAGGAAUGCAAUUUAUGCUUCUUCUACAUUUUUUUUUAUGAUCUAGUAAAUCUGGGGAGACCAAUGUAAUAGAAGAAUGUUGAAUGAUGAUAUCUGGUAUUGCUUAACCACAGACUAAGGUAUGUAGUAUCUGUCUAUGCUGAUGCAUAAUGGACCCCUUAGUGUUUAGACAUAAGCAAUUAUAAUUUAGUUGGUUCAAUCAAGACCUAUGAAUUGUGAAUAUCUGUGCACCACUAUUCAUCUCUGCUAUGAUGCAUUGCUGCAAACAUUACCUCAAACUUUGAUUACUGCUGUUGAGCUCAAUCGAGGAAGAUUUCCUUGAGGCUCUUUGAAUAGAAUGGAAUACAUUUUGCUUUAGAAGGUAAAUCACAACAUCUGAGGCUAACGACACAGAUAACUAAUUCAGUUUACUCCUGAUUUAAAAAUGAGAUUACAGUCCCCUGUUACUCAAAUGUUCUUUAUAUCAGGGACUGCAUUAACAGAAAGAGAAACAUUGCAAUGUGAUUUAUUUACACUACAUGGCCCAAAGUAUGCUCGUCAAACAACGUAUUCCAAAAUCAUGGACAUUAAUAUGAUUUUGGUCCCCCCUUUGCUGUUAUAACUGCAUCCACUCUUCUGGGAAGGCUUUCCCCUAGAUGUUGGAGCAUUGCUGUGUGGACUUGCUUCCAUUAAGCCACGAGCAUUAGUGAGGACGGGCACUGAUGUUAUGCGAUUAGGCCUGGCUCGCAGUCGGUAUUGCAAUUCAUCAAAGGUAUUCAACGGUUUGAGGUCAGGGCUCUGUGCAGGCCAGUCUAGUUCUUCCACACUGAUCUCAACCAACCAUUUCUGUAUGGACCUUGCUUUGUGCUCGGGGACAUUACCAUGCUGAAACAGGAAAGGGCCUUCGCCAAACUGCACAGAAUCGUCUAGGAUGUCGCUGUAGCAUUAAGAUAUCCCUUCACUGGAACUAAGGAGCCUAGCCCCGAACGAUGAAAAACAGUCCCAGACCAUUAUUCCUGAUCCACCAAACUUUACAGUCGGCACUAUGCAUUUGGCCAGGUAGCGUUCUCCUGACAUCCGCCAAACCGAGAUUUGUCCGUCGGACUGCCAGUUGGCGUGAUUCUUUACUCCAGAGAACGUGUUUCCACUAGCCCAGAGUCGUCUACUCCAGCCGAUGCUUGGCAUUGCGCAUGGUGAUCUAAGGCUUGUGUGCGGCUGCUUGGCCAUGGAAACCCAUUUCAUGAAGCUCCCGACGAACAGUUCUUGUGCUGAUGUUGCUUCCAGAGGUAGUUUGGAACUCGGGAGUGAGUGUUGCAACUGAGGACAGACCAUGUUUACGCUCUACUUGCUUGAACACUUGAUGGUCCCGUUCUGUGAGCUUGUGUGGCCUACCACUUCGCGGCUGAUCUGUUUUUGCUCCUAGACAAUUUCCGCUUCACAAUAACAGCACUUACAGUUGACCGUGGCAGCUCUAGCAGGGCAGAAAUUUGACAAACUGACUGGUUGAAAAGGUGGCAUCCCAUGACGGUGCCACGUUGAAAGUCGCAGAGCUUUUCAGUACAGGCCAUUCUACUGCCAAUAUUUACCUAUGGAGAUUGCAUGGUUGUGCUCGAUUUUAUACACCUGUCAGCAACGGGUGUGGCUGAAAUAGCUGACUCUACUAAUUUGAAGGGGUGUCCACACACUUUUAGCCAUGUAGUGUAGAACAAAGGUAAACAAAAGACCGUAGUAUUCGAAACAAACACUUUGAAUACAGUUGCAGGUGCCAUGGAAUAGCUUUGUGUAUUUUCUCUUGUGAUCCAUUUUUUUUAAUUAUCAGAGCAGGUAUGUGUUUUUAAUUCACUUACAAAUACACAUUGGGCAUCUCAGCACUUCUGCAGAUCUUCCAUUUCUGGUUAGAAUUAUCUUUCCACUAUCAAGAAUGAUUUUGAUCAUCUCUGGUGCAGGACAUUAACAGAUGCAUAUUCUUGGGAUUUAAAAGGAAUUUAUACUCUUAUCUUAGUAAAAGCAUAUAGCUACACAUUUACAAUUUAGGUAUCACAGUUGUAUUAUAGUCUGCGCAAUUUCUUAAUGAAGAGUAAUGAGAAAUACAGCAAAGUGCUUUCUGGAUAGAGCUCUUAAAUUAUUUUUAAAGCCCAACUGUACAGUAUUUUUGUAUUGUAAUAAAUGUAUUCUUUGAUCAUCUGGAUCAGAUGCAGGGGAUUGGUGAUUUAUUUACUUUACUUAAUAAUAGAUGGAAUAUUUAUUGUAUAAUCUUUUGUAAUUAAUAACUUCUGAAUUUGAUGACAAUAGUCAUGAGGUAGAUUUUUCACUUUUACAUGACCGCCUGGCUUUCCUGAUAUCUUUUUAACAAAUUAUCAGGAUUCAUAAACCCUUGAUCUAAGGUAGCUGUGAGAGCUGGUUAACUCUAGCCCUUCUCUAGAGAUGUAUUGCAGUUUAGAUUGGGCUGUGGCCAUACUCUGAUUCCCAAGGCCUGCCUCGUUUGGGUUCUUUAUUUCCCUGAUAUAGUAAUAUACAGUAUAUAGGAACAUAAUACUGUCAGGAAACCUGUGAAAGGACAAUCUUCACAUUUUUGUCACAUUGGCACAGUAUGUUAAAGCACAAUUUUGUAUAGAAAACACCUUUUGGUUUCUACUGUAAACAGUGAGGAAGAAUGCAUGAGGUUAAUACCAACCUGUCUACACAAUUAUUUUGCUCACCAACACCUGUUUGAUCUGAAAUUGCUGUUCACAAUUUAGCAGCCAUUUUGUACAAGGGAGUGACCGGAAUGUUAUAUUUUAGUGUUAACACAUGAUUGGUGAUACUGCUGUAAAUGUCUGGGCUUUUAGUGGGAACAGAGGAAGAACUCUCCAAGGUGGCUUUGUGCUUUUUCUGAACUAUCUGGAAUAGACGACAGGUUGCCAUAACAAACAAAUUCAUUGGUCCUCCCAAACUACUUAACAUCCAGUAUGAUAUGGUCCUCCCAAACUACUUAACAUCCAGUAUGAUACACAGGGAGCCUAACUCAGAUAUUUUUCCACUAAUUGAUCUUUUGCCAAUAAUUGGGCAAAAUAUCAGAAUUGAGCUGCCUGUCUAAACUCAGCCUAACAUCCACAUUUAGGAUGUUAUAGUGCACUGAAUAUUGUACCAACUUUAUUAUAGGAGGAACUUUAUAUAAGGUAAAGUUUUAAUAUUUAUACCCCAAUGAAAAUUGGCAUUUCACACUUGCAUUGUCUUCCUUUGAGUUCAAUGUGGCGUUGACUUAAUGCAGUGAAGUUGCUGCUUUCCAAUGAGUAUGUGAAAUAAAAUAAAUCAAUGAUGAA